GUGAGGUUAUUGAUAUGGGAACAAUGAGAACACCAAUCUGGCUCAUAACAUUUUGGAAGCAUGUUCAUAACGUACCCAGGGCAGGAAGCACUUAGGUAUUUGGUAGGAAGUUUCCUGUCUUCUCGACCCCGCAUUACAGACUCUACUUGGGAACAAAGCGCAGCUUUUGUGGUGAUAUAAAGACGGUUGCCUUUAUGCCUCACAAACGGGAAUUGAAAUAUAAUGAAUAAGAUCGUAAAUCUGGCGAAACAAAAGCCAGUACGACUUCCCGCAUCAACAGACAAAGUUAAGCAGCUGUGCAAAUUCUCAUAUCUAAUCGAACGACCCGGCUAGAUGGUUGCUAGCGAAUGUUAGCUAGUAAGAGAGCUAUUGUUUGCUUGAAAAACACUUUUAUCGGUCCUUCCAUAGGCUGCGCGGAUAACUGUCAGACAAGGCUAUGUUGAAUAAUGUAUUGGCUUGUUUCAAUAAGUACCAGGUGAACUGGACAAUACUUGCUUGCUUAUUAUAUAACGGUUUUAUAUCUAGCUAGCAUACGUUAGCUACGGUCCUGAUGUAAUAACCGCCUGCUUAGUUAGCCAGCUAGCUGGUACUUACAAAGCUGUUCAGAUAGCUAGCUACUUAACGUUAGCUGUUAUUAAUAAACUAAAUGUUUGGACAUGUUUUGAAAGCAUCUGUUCAUGUUUGUGAAAAAACAGGGGCUGCAUUCAGGAAAAAGAUGGUUCAUUGUUGAGCAACGACCGGAAAAAGACAUAACCUGAGUGGUGCUGGAAAUGGGCACCACACUCAAGGAGGAGUGGGAAACAAGGUCACUGUGCAGCUUAGAGCCACAGGUACACAGUGGGCCGGUGCGUGAAAACACAGAAGAGUCGAGCGCCGAAAAUACCAGACCCGGUCCCAGCACCCCCAAAUCGGAGGGCAUUGCAAGAAGACACAAAGCACCAGCCUCUAGGAUCAGGGAUGGGUCGAAAAUCACAAAAACAGAAUCGGGUGUCGACUCUAUGAAGAGCUCGGUUCUUGCCAGGACACACAAUUUCAAUAUUGUGGAGCUGGAUUCAUUGUCAGAUGGAGAGUCUGAACCGAAUGAAUCUGAGACGGAUGACGACCCAGAUUACAUUGAAGCUGGGCGGUACUCUGACGAUCAGUAUUACAAUGCAGAAGAUAUGGAACUCAGCAUUGUCAAGUGUGAAUCUAAUGAAAGUUUAGUGGAUGACCACAUAAAGUCGGAAGCCGUUGGAAUAGGGGACGGAUGUGGAGCAGGGAGCAAAACGCAGCAGUGCACCAGUGAACUAAAGGUGGAAUCUGCAAAUUGUUUACAAAAUCAAGAGAAACAGGGACACCUCUGCCCAGACUGCGGUCGGUUUUUCAAACGCGUGUCAUACCUGAUCAGACAUUAUGAAUCUCAUGUAGUGGAUUCUCCAUUCACCUGCAUUGCUUGUGGUAAGAGUUUCCCCAUUGCGAGCAAACUUAAAAGACACCUUCGGAUUCACUCCAAUGCCAGGGCAUACGUCUGCAUACAGUGUGGUAAGAGUUUCAACGAUCCAAGCCACCUUAAAACCCACAAACAUACUCACACUGGAUUAAAACCGCACAGCUGCACCGAAUGUGGGAAACGAUUUAGCACUGCUGGCAAUUUAAAGAGUCACCUGCAGAUUCAUUCAGGUGAAAAACCACACAGUUGCACUCAGUGUGGGAAGAGUUUUACCCACGGGUCCUACUUAAAAACACAUCUGCGAACUCACUUGAAUGACAAUCCAUUUCGGUGUACACAGUGUGGAAAGACUUUUGCCAAUGGACCCAAGUUGAUCAUUCACCAGCGAAUUCAUUCAGGUGAGAAGCCAUUUAAGUGCACCCAAUGUGGUAAGUGCUUCAAUCAGGCAGGCUAUCUCAAAAUUCACCAGCGAACACACUCAGGUGAAAGACCGUAUGUGUGCACUCAGUGUGGGAAGCGUUUUUCUUUCGCCUGCAAUCUUGAGACCCACCGGAGAAUACAUUCGGGUGAGAAACCGUACUCCUGUACACUGUGCGAGAAAAGUUUUGGCGAUGCGUCGCACUUCAAGAAACACCAGAGGUACCAUUCAGGAGAGAAACCCAUUACCUGCGAAGUGUGCGGUAAAAGCUUUUCCGAUGUGGCGAGAUUUAACAAUCACAAACGGGUUCAUUCUGGCGAGAGACCAUUUAGCUGCACUCAGUGCGGAAAAACUUUCACUCAUCAGUCAAAUCUCGCAAGACAUCGGAAAACCCAUUCAGGGGAACGGCUGCACCACUGUGGUCAGUGUGGAAAGAGUUAUGCUCGAGCGUCUGGUUUGAAAACCCACCAGCGAAAUCAUGUAAAAUAGAAACUGCAGAUCAGCAUUUACCAGCAGAUGCGAUUGAGAUUGGACAUUUUCAUCUAUUGAAAAAGAAAAAGCAUUGUGUAUGAUGUAUACAUAUAUAUGAAAAAAGAUUUGCACCUCAUGAGUGCAUUACUUCAUAAAGUUGAAAGGUACCACCAAAUUCACUGUAUGAUCUUGUUCUCACAGUUCUCACAGAUUAACAAAAAUACAGUAGCGUAUUUUGCUAAGUCCCACAAAUUACGAAGUUCCAAAAUCACAAUAUUUUAGGCCUGAGCUGCAAAAUGGGAUGACAGCUCAUUUAAGAUGGUUCUGUUCAUCAGUUCAGUUCUAUUCAAAUUUUGUGAAGAAAGGUGAAUUAUGGAAUUUUUUUUUUUUUGGAAAACGAAAUGCCAUAGAAUGCAUGAGCCUCAACUGAAGUGUGUUGACAGAAGUGGUUUAGAUUCGCUCUGUUCAGAAGCAAAAAAAUGGCAUGAAGAUCAUUAAAGGGGUUUCAUUUUCUGGCUUUCAAGAAAAUGAUGCCAAUUGCAAAAUGUG